AUCAUCGGUGCCCUUUGGCAGGGACAAGAUCACCUACUAGGCGUGAGAAACACUACAUCACCAAAUCAAACCUCGACUUUUUUUAUUCGCUUUAAAUCCACGCUGUCACCGACCGGCGAAAAAGCUGGCCGGGACGGUUUAUGAUUUUUUUUCGUCCACUGAUCAGAAGGCCGAAGCGGCUGCCAUGGAUUUUUAAGGCAUAAUGCGGCACCUCUAAUGCAACGGCAAUGCAUCGUGCAAGGCAAAAUCAACUGCGUAAUUCCAUCUUCGCAACUGCCAAGCAGUUGGGCUCAAAUACCGUUCGCGGUAUACCUGCGAGCCAGCCGGUUCCUCUGCUCCUGGACCGGAGGAAGCUAACGCUAGCAAGCUAGUCAUCUUAGCUAGUAACAUCAAGUGAAAGAGUAAGCCAUCGAUUCAUCUGAACGUCAUCAAAACUACCGAUCGAAAUGAAGCCUCAAGACAUCAUCGCCGGGAAGACCAGCCUGUGGAUCUUCGGGUACGGGUCACUGGUGUGGAAGCCUGACUUUAGGUACAAGAGGAGCCAGGUCGGUUACAUUCAAGGCUACAAGAGACGUUUCUGGCACGGAGACAACUUCCAUCGCGGGAACGACGAGUUGCCCGGAAGAGUGGUGACGCUGAUUGAAGAUGAUGACGCGAGCACUUGGGGUGUGGCAUUCGAGGUGACAGGCACUCAAGUUGAGGAGUCCUUGAAGUACCUCGACGUGCGCGAGACAGUCUGCGGUGGCUACAUCACCAAAAUGGUGGAUUUCUUCCCCCAGGGGGAGAACCAGUCACCAGUUCAGGCGCUGGUGUACAUUGCCACUUCUGACAACCCCCUGUACCUGGGGAGGGCCAGCCCAGCGGCGAUCGGCGCCCAGAUCGCUGUGUCCAGUGGGAAGACGGGCCACAACCUGGAGUACCUGCUCCGCCUGGCCCAGUUCAUGAGGAGCAGCUGCCCACAUGUGGAAGACCAUCACCUGUACUCCAUCGAGCAAGCAGCACUGACCACAGUGUACUAUCUGUUAGCAACCAGUAGCUUGUACCCUUUGUCAUACUAGGGUGUAGUGGAUGAACACACACACACACACACACACACACACACACUAAAACACUGAGGCUUUUCAUCUGUCACACCAGUCAACCUAUGUUUUAUGUUGUGGAAUCUAGCUUCACCCUACAAUCCAGUGCACUAGAGGCAAUUGAAUGCUACUGAAGUGUUAAAGAAGGAAAGCAUGAUAUUAAGUGUGUUGUUUUUGUUUAAGCAUGACCUCAUGUUCACAUCGCAAUGGCACAUGUUUGUACAUUCACAAAAAAAAGUGUCAUCGCUGAAUUGUUGACUGUAAACAUCUGUUUUAAAAAGCACAUCAACGGUUUUUAAUUUGCACAGUUCAGAUUCCGUCCAGUGCUUUCAGACAUUACAGCGAUUUCAUUGUGGUAGUUAAACCUGUUUUUGAAAUUCACCAAAUGGCUGCUGUGAUGUAUUUUAAAGGUGUAGACGUGUUUUUCAAAAGGUGCUUGUGGCAACUUCUCCGUGCAGUGUAAAUGCAAAUGCCAAUUAAAAAAGUUAAAGGAAGUCUUUUGCCUUUUGUUGU